CGGAAACUCCAAAGUCAUAUGAUCGAUUUGUGAUUCCUUUAGAAUACAGCAUUCUCCGUUGUUCACGUUGGUUGCAAAGAUGGCCAGUCAAACGCAAGGUAUUCAGCAACUUUUGGCAGCUGAAAAAAGAGCUGCAGAGAAAGUUUCAGAAGCUAGAAAACGUAAAGCACGUCGAUUGAAACAAGCAAAAGAAGAAGCUCAAGAUGAGAUUGAAAAGUACAGGCAAGAACGGGAAAAGCAAUUCCGUGAAUUUGAAGCUAAGCAUAUGGGAUCAAAAGAGGAUGUAGCAGCACGUAUAGAAGCUGAUACAAAAAUAAAAAUUGAAGAAAUGAAUAAAGCUGUGGCAAUGCACAAAAAUGCUAUCAUGCUUAAAAUCUUGGAGUUGGCAUAUGAAAUUAAACCACAAUUACACAAGAAUUACCGUUUUGAUCAUUAAGUUUCAAGAAAUAUAUGGGUUAAUUAUAAAUACUGCAUCAUAUGCUAUGAAUGUACAUUAAGUAAUUUCCUUUAUCAUAUCUUUAAACGUAUUUUUCAUCAUUAUGUUGUACUUUUAUUGCAAAUAGUGUAUAUCUCUUAAUCUUAGAUGGUGGUAUUUGAAUUAUUAUUAUUAUAGUCCUUUUCCGCAAUUACUUCACGACAAACUUUUACCACCAUAUUGGAAAGUUUGAAGAUCAUUGUAGUUAAAUUACUAUUGUAAUACAAACAUAUUGAACGAAUUUUCGUCAUUGUGAUAUAUCAGGGCUUAGAUAUAUUAGGAUGACGUGUAAAUGUUAAAAUUUAGGUCAAGGUGGUGGCAAGAAAUUGUACAUCAUUGAGCACAUGUUGUUAGAUGUCAUUCCAUAAUUCUGCUAUAUCAAGGGUAUAAAAUGCGCUUAAAAAGUACCAUACAGCCUCCCAAGAAUUACAGUUUAGUUUCCCAUCAAACGUGAUUCUCGUGAUGAUGUAUACUGCACGUACUACUUGUUUUGUUUGAAAUUUUUAAACAUUGUUAAUUUAUAAAAAGAAAAAUUAUACCCCACGUAUGCACCCUGCACCUGUAAGCUGUUUCAUCUGUACAGUAUUAAUGUUCAAAAAUAAAAACACUUAAGGUUUA